GCAAAGCUUCAACAACCAUGGAUGCCACACAGCUAACGGAACUAAUGGGCAGCCAUGAUUUUAUGCAAUUGCAACAUCAAUUGCAUCACAAUAACAAUAAUUACAACACAGACGGACACAAUGGACUGUCUUCAGAAUCGGCGGAGGGUAGUUCCCGACCCGUUCGUCGUGCCACCAGACGAACUUCACAGCUAAGCAAUAAUACUUAUGACCUGGAGAUGACAGACUCCAGUUCGCAAAGCGAUGACACGAGCGGCGGAGGCGGCAGCAGCAACGGAGGUGGCAGCGCCACUAACACUGGGCAUCCGUCCGGUGGUUCUCUGGGCGGUCAAGGGCCAUCAAGCCGCGUCCGGGUCCAGCAAGCUGGCUUAGGAGCCUGUGCGUCCACUAUUGCCGCAAACAGUGCCAGCUCCAACUCCUCCAAUGCGAACGGCAACUCCAAUAGGCGUCGGAAAGGAGCCCUGAACGCUAAAGAGCGGAAUAUGCGUCGUCUGGAGUCAAAUGAACGCGAGCGAAUGCGGAUGCACAGCCUAAACGAUGCGUUUCAAUCGCUUCGAGAGGUCAUACCACACGUGGAGAUGGAGCGACGGCUGUCCAAGAUCGAAACUCUCACGCUGGCCAAAAACUAUAUUAUAAAUCUGACACACAUAAUACUCUCCAAGCGCAACGAGGAGGCGGCGGCUUUGGAGCUGAACUCGGGGGCCGUUGGCGGGGUAUUGCUCUCAAAUCUUGCCUCGGAAAGUGGAGGCCCGGUAGCAAGUGGCAUUGCUGCAAAUUCCAGUGCCGCGAGUCUCUGCUUCGAGGACGCCCUGGCCAACGGUGGCGCAUUCGACUGUGCCCUUUUGGCAGCCACUGAUGGCAGCUUGCUGAACGCUGCCACAGUCACCGCGAGCCCCGCGAUGCAGAGCAUUCAAUCACAAGCCAUACACUUGCAGACACCGAUGGAGCAGCAGCAGCAACAGCAAGCUAGCCAUCUUCCGCACCACCAGCAGGCGAUUCAUGGCCAUGGCCACCUAGGGGCCAGCAUGAGCAUUCAAACCCAGCAGCAGCCUACGCUGAUACUAAAUGGCGAUACAUCGGUGGGCCUGGGAGUUGGAAUCGGGGUUGGUGUCGGAGUGGGUGUUGGGGUGGGCAACAAUGCGCCGAGCUUUGCUGAUAUCAAUGAUAAUUUUGACGAGCCCUUCCGAGAGUUUCUGUAAGCCAUUCAUAAGGCGUUGGUGCCGGGAUUAUAACAAACGGCAUUGGAAAAACAUUGCACACAAAUAUAAAUACAGUAAAAAGCUCAAAACCGAUAUUUAUGAACAUCAGCGCGGUGGAUUUACCGGCUUCAGUGUUCGAACCCUUGUGAGUUAUUAUGUUUUCAUACAGUUGUGUCAUUUAUGAAACAUUUUUGCAAUAAUCGU